AUGACUUCUCCCGAAGACGAUGUUGACACCAACUGGUCCGGCUGGCUGGCGGACACGCCAAGUGAACCGACCGUGAUAUCCAGGAGAUCCUGUGAUCAAUGCAACAGGAAGAAGAGCAAGUGUGAUCGGAAACGUCCAUGCUGUACAAGGUGCAUCAAAGGAAAAUCUUCAUGUGUUUAUCCAGCGCAAAGGCGACGGCCAUCGACUGGGGCAAGGUAUCGAACACUAUUAAAUCAACUCCGACAAUCGAGCUCCGGGAUCGAACUAGAUCCUCUCCUAGAUGAAUUUGACGUGGAACAGCUGCAGAGAGCUUUACAGAGACGACGUCCAGAUCUGCAGCUGUUGCCUAGGCCAAUAGCCGACACGUCUUGUGAUGCUUCAGUGGACGUCUUGGUCUCACCUACCGUUGUAGAGUUCAGUACUGAGGGGAGUUGGCCAGACGCAGUGGUCGGCGCGAUCAACGAGUGCGAAGUUCCACCCUCAACAGAUAUGGAUGCAGACCUGGCAUUUUGGGCAUCUCUAGCGGGCUGGCAUGACUCCGAGCUGACCUUGCCUCCGUUAGAGUCAGGUCCACCGUACCAAUCGGUUGCCAAUGUAACACUCCCGAAUAACAGCACGCUUGACACUCACGACCUACGUAUGCCUACAGAAGUGGUCCAUGAGUUGAUCGACUUAUUCUUCGAACGCGUACAGUGUUUCCUCCCGCUGUUUCACCUGCCAACGUUUACGCAUAGGUUCAAAACCUUGACUGAUGAGAGCUUGGGUUAUCAGAAUUUGACAAAGGAAGACGCUUUUAUCCUGAACGGCGUCAUGGCCAUGUCAUCUCGGUUCUCAAACUCACUCUUCUUCAACAACUCUUCCCCAAUCACAAGGGGCCAGAGGUUCGCCGCCAAAGCACGCGCAUUGCAUGAUGCAGCUUUCUCUCAUGAAGAUCGUUGGCAGCCUUCGCUGGCCCUACUGCAAGGCUGUAUUUUACUGUCAUUCCAUGAGCAAACCAGCCGACCAUCGACUGCCUGCUGGUUCCUCAUAGGGUCGUCCGUUCGGCUUGCCUUAGAACUAGACCUGAAUAACAUUGAUGCCGAACCACAGGAGCCACAGGUUGCGCGCAAGACGCCAGAAGAGUGGGUCAUUACCGAAGAAAAAAGGCGGGCAUGGUGGGCUGUCUGGGAGCUGGAUGUGUUUUCCUCCACAAUCUUGAGACGCCCUUAUUGCAUUGACAAGGAGCAUAUGGCCGUCUUGCUACCUAUUCCUGACAACGAGUGGUUUGCUGACACACCUGUUCCUUCCACAAUGAUCAAUACCAACACAGCACGUAUCUGGGAAACUCUGUCCGACCAUUUACAUCUUGGUGCCCGAGCUUGGUUUCUCAUCUCCACUUUCUUAAUGGCCAGGGCGAAUGAUCUCCUCUUGCAUACAGACACAACUUUAGACGACAUCGAAACAUUCGAAGCAACGCUACAACUUUUCAUGCUCUUACUGCCGCCAGAGUACGACCUAACUUCGGCGGGUUUUCCGUUCAACGAGAGAAACUUUGCCUCUUAUAACUGGAUCAUCUCCAUGAUCGUGAUGCUGCAUACGGUUCGCGUCCUGCUGAGAAAGGCAAGGGAAACGCGACGACUGACCCACGAUGAACAAACCGCAGAUCAAUCGCCUCAUCCAAAUCCAACGCCCCUCGACUCGCAUCUCGUCUUCCGAGCAAUGCAAGCAUGGGCUCCGGAGUUCAUUGCCCAAUCCUGCCCUUUUAUCACCUGCACCAUCGUUGGACCGUCACUUGAAAUGAUCAACACAGCGUUGGUGGUCGACAAGGCCUCAACCCACAGCCACCAUAUCCAGCUCAUAAAACUCGUUUUAAGACGGAUCGGCAGGACUCGUUGA